UCAAUUCUCACACGAGAACAUUAUAGCCAAGUGUUUUCUUGAAGCCACGAGACGUCACCGUCUCUUCAUCUUCAUCUUCAUCUCACCGAUGAAAGAAAGCUCUGGUUAAUGAACAAAGCAGGGGGGUUUCCUCUUCACAGAGCACAUCCUUCCAUGGUGAAGGGAAGUGGUUGGUCAAAUAUAUAUGGAGGUGUGUACGUGAUGAUCAGUCAGAAGGAUGCAUGGUGUGGUCGAAGAUGAUGAAGGCUUUCAACUUUCAGACGACGAAGGCGAUGAGGAAACUUUCAGAUCUUAGAAAACUAUGGUGGAAUAGCGAAACUGCGAAAUCUGAAGAUUUAUGUCAUCCCAUCUCAAAAAUAUUGGUCGAGAUAUGUAGUGAUUAACUACCCAGAUCCUUCUAGAACCCAUGUCAUCUGCAUUUAUCUGUAAGAGUUUGAUGAAGGAUCAUAGGAAUAGUUCCCGGCCAGUACGUUUCCCAACACAGCCUCGACGGAUUUUUCCCUCGAUGGAAUACGGUAUCCGGUGACAACGUACUACAAGUUGGGUUCAACAAAUCGAUGCCAAACAAAUCUAAAUCUUUGCGGACACGGGUCCUAAUCCCUAAUCAUGAGUUUUCAUACGGUUGCAGAAUGUGCUUUGUGGCCAACGAGGAGAAGAUGAACGAUGGUGUUGUCGGCUAUUGACCCAUUAACAGUUUAUGUUAAAGAGGGAAAGGGUGGUUGAUCGAGGACGAAAGAAGAUCACUUGCAGAAGAGAGACACAAGAGCAGAGAAUGUAAUGGUUGGCCUUUGAUUAUCAAAUUCUGCUAGCAGUGAGUGUCGGAGUGAUUUCAAUAUCUGUUCUUACACUGAAAGCUGUGAAUUUAUAAGGGCUUUCAUCCUUGAGAAGAUCAUUUUCAUCGAGCCAUCUCUCUGGCUGAAACUCUUUGGCAUCAUCUCCCCAUAGAGAUUUCAUCCUUCCCAUUGCAUAAGAUUGGUAUACCACCAUGUACCCCUUUUGACAUGUGGCUGGCAAUGACUUCGGGAGUUCGGGCUUUAUCUGUCACCGUGGGAUAGGCAUGGCUGGAGAUACGCUCAGGAGGUAGCAUACAAUCAGUACUGCUUGGCCCAAUUACAAGAACUUCUCAGCAGGUACGGGAGUGUAAUAGAAAUUUGGUUCGAUGGAAAUAAGGGUCCGAAUGCACCAAACAUGUCCUAUUACUUUUCAGAUUGGUUCUCCAUGGUGAGGGAGUUACAGAGCUCCAUUAACAUAUUCUCGGAUGCUGAUCCGGUUGUUAGAUGGGUUGGCGAUGAGCAAGGCUUCACCAGAAGCACAAGCUGGUCCACCAUUAAUCGGAGUUCAUUAUCAAUUGAGAAUGCAAGCAUUGAAGGUUAUCUCAACACUGAUGAUCCACAAGGAACAGACUGGUUGCCGCCAGAAUGUGACGUUUCGAUAAGAAAUGGAUGGUUUUGGCACAAAUCAGAGUCGCCUAAGAAGCUAAGCAAGCUACUUGAAAUUUACUAUAACUCGGUAGGAAGAAAUUGUGUGCUGUUACUCAAUGUGCCUCAUAAUUCAACCAGACUUAUAUCCGAAGUAGAUGUGAAAAGACUUGGAGAUUUGAGAGGUGCAAUUGACACAAUAUUUUCUAGCAACUUAGCUGAAAGAUGCUUCAUCAAAGUGAGUAGCCAAAGAGGUGGCAAAGGAGGAGGUUUUGGACCUGAAAAUGUGCUAGACAGUGACCAUUUGUGGACGUAUUGGGCUCCAAAGGAUGGUGAAAAAGAGGAGCAUUGGAUUGAAUUUAGAGGCAGAGAUAAAGAUAAAGGAUUGAGGUUCAAUGUGAUUAGGAUUCAAGUGGCAAUCGAGCUUGGCCAGAGAAUCAAAAGGCAUGAAAUUUAUGUGGAUGGUAAGAGGGUUGCAAAUGGAACCACUGUGGGGUACAAGAGGCUUCACAGAAUUGAAGGGGGAGUAGUCUAUGGCCAAAUUGUCAGAAUUAGAAUUAAAGACUCAAAAGGGCUGCCUUUGAUUUCUUGAUUUCUUCCGUUGGUCUGCAUUUUGAUCCCUAUUGGCACCCAAGUGGAUAGCUACUUUGAUAUGUAGAGUUAGAGAUAAACAAAAACAAAAACAGCACUAUGUUGACUCUUUAUCUUUAAACUUAUAUUUAUUCGCUUUUUGGUGCCUAUUCUCUGCUGCUCUCUGUUUGAAAUGCCUUGUAUUCUGUUCUCAGGCCAUUGGCAAUAAAAAGAGCAUUUACAUGGGGA